AUGCUACAACCUCCCAAUCCAAUGCUGUAUAACAAGCAGGUGAUUCUAAAAGACUAUGUUUCUGGUUUUCCUAAAGAAUCAGACAUGAACAUUGUUGACACUACUAUAACUCUUAAGCUUCCGGAAGGUUCCAACGAUGUUGUUCUGCUAAAAAAUCUAUACUUGUCUUGUGAUCCUCACAUGAAGGCUCUUAUGAGCAACCCAAAAGACUCUCUAAGGCCUGGUAACUACACUCCUCAAUCAGUAAGUCAAUAUAUUUUUUCUCUUUAUGGUGUGUCUAAAGUUCUGGAAUCUGGACACAAAGAUUAUAAGGAAGGUGACUUAGUGUGGGGAUUGACUAAUUGGGAAGAGUACAGCUUGAUCCCUGCAGCUCAAAUACAUUUCAAAAUUGAGCAUACUGAUGUUCCUCUUUCCUACUAUACAGGAAUUCUCGGUAUGCCAGGAAUAACUACUUAUGGUGGUUUUUUUGAAGUAAGUGCUCCGAAGAAAGGAGAGAAUGUUUUUGUAUCAGCCGCCUCUGGUGCAGUUGGUCAACUUGUUGGCCAAUUUGCAAAAUUGCAAGGUUUCUAUGUCGUUGGAAGUGCCGGAAGUAAAGAGAAGAAUAAAUUUGGAUACGAUGAAGCUAUUAAUUACAAAGAAGAGCAAGACCUUGAUGCAGCAUUGAAAAGAGAAGGGAAGAUUGUGUAUGUGGAAGACAUAGCUGAGGGACUUGAGAAGUGCUUGUUGUUGCUCGUGAAUAGGGAUGUCAAUUGA